AUCGUGACAAACUUUGUCGCAUGCGAUAAAAUUUUUCUCGCAUGAAAAUAAAUAUUUGGUAUUCUUGAAAAGAUAUAUGACUUUAGUCGAACGAAAAACAUUCGACUGUUUGUCUACUGGGUAUAAGUCAGUGACAAACUUUAGUCGCAUGAUAAUGUAUGAAAUGUGAUAACAAUUUUCACAUUAUUGAUUAUACAACUAUUUCAACAGAAAUAUUAUAACCGAUUCUCAUCGAUCAUCAAUUUGUGUUUUGUAAAUUACUUUGUAUUAAUCCGUAAUUAAUUUCCUUUCUUCUAUUAUAAUGGCAAAUUUUGAUGAAAUGGCAAUGUUAUUUGCAAUUGAUAAUAUUGAAGAGCAUGAACGCGCAAUGAAUGUACGACAAACACGGAAAAAUGAAAUAAUUUCGGAUCCAUUUGAUACAUCAGAUAGACUGUUCAUAAAAAAUUUUAGACUUACUAAAGACCUUGUAAAGUAUUUAAUUGAACUUUUACGGCCAUAUAUUGUUUCAAAAAGCCGCCUGUCUGCUAUUGAUUUAAAUACAAAAAUUCUAGUAACGUUGAACUUUUUGGCUACUGGAUCAUACCAGUCUCCAACUGGUAAUAGUAAGUUUAUAGUCUUAUCACAACCGUCUGUAUCUCGGUGUAUAAGUGAAGUUGUAGAGGCACUAAACCGGCCAGAAAUAUUUGACAAAUGGGUUAAGUUUCCUAGUAACCUGAAUGAGCUGACUGAAAUCCGUAAUGGUUUUUAUAGAGAAACUGGAUUUCCUGGAGUAAUAGGAUGUAUUGAUUGUACUCACGUAGCGAUUGUACCUCCUUCAAAUAAUUUAAAUUUGAAUGAAAAUGAAAAUCCCGAAUACAUUUAUGUGAACCGUAAGGGAUAUCAUUCCAUAAAUGUCCAAUUGAUUUGUGAUUCAAAAUUAAGAGUUUUAAAUGUGAACGCACUAUUUCCUGGCAGUACCCACGACACCCAUAUAUGGAACAAUAGUUCUGUUUUACCAGUAAUGCAGGAAUUACACAGACGCAAUCAUCAUAACUUUUAUUUAUUAGGUGAUUCCGGAUAUCCCUUACGUCAAUGGCUAUUGACACCAAUUACAAAUCCUACAACAAACCCUGAAAAAUAUUACAACCAAAAACAAAUGUCAACCAGAAGUCUAAUUGAACGUUGCAACGGGGUGUUGAAAAUGCGAUUUAGAUGCCUAUUAAAAGAUAGAACUUUACAUUAUAAACCAGAAAAAGCAUCAUCAAUAAUAAAUGCAUGUAUAGUUCUACAUAAUAUGUGUAUUACUAAUAAUAUUCCUUUGGAUGAACAUGACAUUCCAGAGUAUGAUAAUUUGGGUAUGAUGGAAGACCGAGAGAUAUUAGCGGACAAUAAUCGUAAUUUAGACUUGGCUCUUGGUAGACAACAUAGGGAAAAAAUUGUAACAUACUUAUUUCAAAGACAUGUAUAA